UUAAAUCAUCACCGACAACGCGAUAACUGCAGUUCAUCCUCUUUGUCCUGACCUUGUCCCUCCCUUAAGUAUUACUACUAUAGGAUUGCUGACUGGCCUUUUCAUGGCUGGCAACACCCGCCGGCGCAUCACGUUGCCGGAUCCUGAAGAACGGCGGCCUUUACUGAGUCGGCUCAGUACAGGCGGCCCAGAGAACCGUGAUGCCCUGUAUAGUUGCAUGACAGACCCUCAUAGUCACUUACCUGUGUAUACCAACAUACACCGUAUUCGUCGCGACAUCAUCAGCGUUGUUGAGGACUAUCUGAGCCUCGCCCAGCUGCAGGAUCUGAGAAUUAAUGUUACAGUUGUGCGGCCGUUGGUUGAUAAGUUCUAUGGCCUCAACGACAUUUCCAUCAUCUACUGUUUGCUGGUAAAUCGUGCUCAGUUUCUCGAAGAGCAGUCCCAUCUCAAUAACCGUCACAAUGUCAACUUCACACGUGCUACUCUCUGUGAGCUCAUAGCUACGCGCAUCCUGAGACGCUUUGGUGAAGUGCAUGAUGAUGGCCACGACGGCCUUUUGCUUCUGGCUCAUAUUCUAGUCGCUGGCUUUGAACCCUUCCAGAAUGCCCCAGAAGAGAUUCGAGAGGAGGCAGAGCGCACCACCUCCUGGGUUGAUUACAAGACGCUGCCAUCUCUUGAGGUGGCCAUUGUCACAGAGAGCAAGCAUUUCUUGAGUUCAGCAACUUGCCAAAAAGUCGUCAACGCCAUCUAUGAGGGUCGAAUUGUCUAUACCCCCUCGACAUUUUGGGACAUCAUCCCUGAUCAUUACAAGUUAAAGCCCAUCUCUAUUUAUGACCCUCGCGAGUCCCCUCUUCUCAACCAAUAUCGUCUGAUUGUCCCUCGAACCCGAAAUGUCCUCGAGUCAAUCCAAUUCGCCACGCUCCUCACUCUCUACGUUGCGGUUAUGGUUCUUAGAAGGAAAACCCGCUAUGGACCAACAGAAGCAGCCUUUUCUAUCUUUGCUUUUGGAUGGGGCUUGGAUCAAUUUGCUACUAUUCUAGCACAUGGCUGGAACGUCUACACCCAGAACCUGUGGUCAUUCCUUGACGUGGCCUUUGUUCUCAUCUACUGGGUAUAUCUUGUAUUGCGGUUCUUGGGCUGGAAGCUUGGUGACGCGAACCUUGACGAACAGGCGUUUGAUGUGCUUGCACUCGCCGCUCCUGUCUUGGUUCCGCGGCUUGCUUUCAAUCUGCUGAGCGACAAUCUCGUGUUCUUGUCCCUUAGGUCAAUGAUGGCGGACUUUUUCUUCCUGACAGCUCUAUCUGCUUGGUGUUUCUUGGGGUUCCUGCUGUCACUUCUAUGGCUCGGCGAGGGAGCACACCCCAUCCUAACAAUAUCGAAGUGGAUGAUCUAUAUCUGGUUUGGAUUGGAUGGAACAGGUAUCCAUCGAUCGACCGAGUUUCACUGGCUGCUAGGACCUAGUGUGAUGGUAGCCUUCGCUUUCCUCGGGAACACCCUCUUCCUUACCAUCCUUGUAUCGAUGCUUUCCAAUACAUUCAGCAACAUUUCGUCAAACGCCAUAGCGGAGAUCAGUUUCCGUCGAGCAGUUCUGACACUUGAGGGCGUCAAGGCUGACGCUGUGUUCGCAUACCAACCCCCGUUCAACAUCCUCGCCGUAUUCCUAUUCAUCCCACUUAAAUUCGUCGUGAGUCCGCGCUGGUUCCACAAGAUCCACGUCACAGCGGUCAAGAUUCUGAAUCUCCCUCUCUUGCUCAUCAUCGCUGUUGCCGAGCGCCGUCUGCUCUGGCCUUCCCGUGAGAUCGAAGACCCAACCGAGAUCAAAGCUCCGCCCCCAACAAAGAGCCAGUUUUGGAAGAAGUGGCGGUUGACGGUUCACCGAGACCUUCGCGCCGUCUUUCAAGUGCCGCCGCCUGAUACUGUCCACGACGACAUCGCUGUCGAUGAUGAUCUCACGCAUCAUCUCAUCCGUCGACAGUUCACACGCAAUGCGACAAAUGAUAUAGAGCCCCGCAACCUACAUAACACCCCUAGGCCUGAUCCCGGAGCUCGACGUCCAUCACGACGGGAUUCUAUGUUUCCCGGUAUCCCACCCCAGAAGCUUCGAGGAUCUUUCUCCGAGAAUGACAUGUUUGAGGGAACUACAGAUAGGCUGGCCAAUAUGGAAAAGGCGAUACGGCGCAUGGAAACGAUGCUAUCUCGCCUAGUUCCAUCAGUCGAAGAUGCCAUCAGCGAUGAUGAACUGGAGCAAAGCGGGACACUUAGGGGAGACAAUACUGCCGAGUCGUCAUUUAGAGGUUUAGCGGAUCCUGAGUCAUGAUCAUUGCAUGGUGUUUGGGUAUGAGUAUAAACAGAAUUGCACGCGCGGAGAGUCAGGGAAGGGCGUUGCGAUACAAUUUAUUGUUGUAGCCUUUUGUUUUAGCACUGAUUAACUGGCACUGUUGGAAACAUCCUGGCACCACACAGCCAACCAGCCUUCCUAUUCUACCUUGCGAAUAGAACUUCUUUUUCGUCUUUGUCCCUCAGCAAUAAUUCCAAGGCAUUUUUUUUUCUUGCGAUUGAUUUCCGAACACCUGAGAAUGUGCACUCUCACAUAUUUCCAGCACAAAGAAUGCAAACACACCUGGGUUAUCCUCACGGAACCCUGCGAGCCAUUCAUGGGCCUCAACAAUUGCCCGACCUUCUGUGAUGGUACAGCUAAGGAACCACCAAAAUUCUAUAACACAAAGAGCCGACCAUGUCCUCGAUGCCAGCUGCACGGUGUAUACGAUCGUAAUUUGGUUCGGAUGGUGGAAGAUAUGGGCUGGGGAAUCAAAUGGGGAGUUGGGCCAGGACAGGAUGAUUGGGGUUGCGAGGUGAAGUGUGUGAUUCUUUGAGGCGAUCGUUGCGACGGAUUUUAGUACGAGCUUCGAGUUUCUGGUGUUUUAUACUGGUUUGAUUAGGGAAUACCUCGAUCAACAACUGUAGGU